GUUCAAAAAAUUGGAAUGGUUUUUUGUGGAACACAAAUGUUUACGAGGCAGAUAGUAGAAGGAGUUCUCAUCUUGCAGUGUUUCAGUUAUCGCCAGAAGAAGAACUCGAAAAACAGUAUCGUGACUACAAAGCACAGUUUGAGCAAUGGAAAGAAAAAAAUCGAAACUCAGUCGGUACGGAAGCAUACACUGCCUAUGUUGAACAGUUUGAAGCAUGGGAGAAGGAUGUGGAUAAACGCCGUGAAAUGAUCAGGGCCAAAGCCGAAACUGAAGCCCAAGAAGCUCAAGCUGCUGCCGCUAAGGCUAAAGCUCAAGCAACGGCCGCGGCUCAAGCAGAGGCAAAGCGCAAAAAAGAACGGGAGGCUGAGGAAGAACAGAAAAAGAAACUAGACGUCUCGUUGUGUUUAAUCGAUUCGUGGUAUCCUUCAGCCGAAGCGGCCGCACAAGCGGCAGCAUACGCGCAAAGUCAGCAGUCGUACUUAGCACAUCACCAAGCGGCCCUUCAAAAAGAACAGCAAAUGCGACAAUCGAACGCAAACAAUACACCGACAGCUCAGGAUCUCGUUGGUGACAUGAAGAUGACCGAAGGUACGUUGACGUUGCGUUCAUACUUGUGA